CUGUAAAUAAGCGCCCAUAAUAUACUCGUACAACUCGGACGCACGUGUUUCCUCUGAGCUCUCUCAACACCACUGCGGUCUCUCUUGAAGCAACCCACAAAUCUAAUCCCCUCUUUUCUUUUUUUUCUUUCCUACUCUACAUCCGAAUCCUCUUCAAACCGUACAAGAUCAAUCAUGGUGGAUGAAGCAGUCAUCAAGAUACCCUCUGGCGAGGUGCUAGAAGACGAUGAAGCCGCUGAGCCGACCAUUUCUUUGCCUGAUUCUGGCGACGCAGGCGAAGGUGGAAAGCUCAGUAUGAUCGUCCAGCUCGUUAAGAAAUGUUUGGGCGUAAAGGACAUCGCUGCAAUGCGCCUAUCACUCCCGGCAUCCCUCCUCGAGCCUCUUCCCAACCUCGAAUAUUGGCAUUACCUCGAUAGACCAGAUCUAUUCGCUGCAAUCAACGAUUCCAACGAUCCCUUCGAGCGCAUACUAGCCGUCGUGCGUUUUAUCUUCACAAAGGACCUCAAAUUCGUCCACGGCAAAGUCUGCAAACCCUACAACAGCGUCCUCGGCGAGCACUUCCGCGGGCACUGGGACAUCCCUCCAGUCUCCUACUCCUCCGAUCCAACCCAGCCCCCAAUUCUCCGCGUACACACCACAGUCUCUCCACCCCCAGCAGUAAGCGAGACCAUAAGCGUCAAGAGUAAUCGCAGCGGCAAGAGCUCAAAGAGCACACGCAGCGGUCUUAGCCUCACUUCAAAAGGCAAGACAUCACCAAGCACAGCUCCCACGUCCCUUGGCGACGCCGGUCUCUCCAACCUCUCACUUUCUCCCGUACAUGGAAGAACCGAAGACAGCCAUAUUCGGGUCGUGUACGUCACAGAGCAGGUAUCCCAUCAUCCCCCGGUUAGCGCCUACUACGCCUCAUGUCCAUCGCGUGGGAUGGAAAUGGCUGGUAUCGAUCAGAUCAGCGCAAAGGUGAGCGGUACGGCUGUACGAGUCGCCCCUGGGUCCUUCAACAAGGGCAUUUACAUCAACCUCACCUCUGGCCCGGGUAAGGGUGAGAAGUACCACAUCACGCACCCCGUGGCUAAUGUGAACGGCAUCUUGCGAGGGAGCUUUUAUAUCACUGUUGGUGAUAGCACGAUCGUGACUUGUUCAGGGGGGAAAGGUGGAGUGUCGUAUCGUGCUGUAAUUGAAUAUAAAGAAGAGUCGUGGUUAGGCCGCGCGCACUUUUUGGUCGACGGGGUGAUACAUACGUACGACGAAGAAUCUACAGAACACGAGGAAUGGACGAAAGUGAAACACGUCCCCACAGCUCGCGUCAUAGCUGUAUUUGAUGGAUGUUGGCGGAAUCAUAUACGAUGGCGGCGGACUGCUGCAUCACCAUCUGCUGCUUCUUCUUCGCCGUCGUUAUCAGAAACGGAAUAUGCGACUCUUGUAGAUCUGUCGACGCUGUUUGUCGUUCCGAAGAAGGUUCGCCCGUUAGAGCGGCAACUUCCUAAUGAGAGCCGGAAGCUAUGGGACGCGGUGACGACGAGGCUGCUUGCGAAGGAGUAUGGGGAGGCUACGAAAGCGAAGCUUGCUAUUGAGCAGAAGCAGCGGGAUGAGGCGGGUGAGAGGAAGAGGAAAGGCGUACAGUUUAUACCCCAGUACUUUGAACAAGAUAUCACUUCCGGAAUUCCAGUUCUUACAGCUGCAGGCCGGCAAGCUGUGGAAGAAGAGCUAAAGGAGUGUUCUGAGGCGUCGUCUUCGUAGAAUCGGGGACGUUGAUGACCUCUUUCAAUGCUGCUUGACCUGGCGGAUGGACGCAGACGCUGACGUAGAGGUCAUGUCAUGUGUAGAAGCUUUCGAUAGAGGACCGAGGUGCCCGUGACAGAGGGGGUACGGCAGACCGCCCAGACGUUGAGAGUAGAGGGUAGAGGAUUGGGUGCGGGCCACGAUAUCAUGCAAUGGAUGGUUAAUGCUUUUUGGAGUGUUUUAUGCUUUCUUUUUAGUACUUGAUGCUUUUGUCCAUUAAUUUUUGUUUUUUUGAUGCAAUUCAUGGACUUUUUAUGA